AUGGCAUAUAUUCUUUUAUAUGUGGAUGACAUUACUCUCAUUGGUACUUCUACUCCACUGCUGUCUCAUAUCACCUCAUUAUUAAGUGCUGAGUUUGCCAUGAAAGACCUUGGAGACCUUCACUACUUUCUUGGUAUUUCGGCUACUCGAUCUACUACAGGUCUGUUUCUGUCUCAACAAAAGUAUGCAACCGAGAUUCUUGAUCGUGCCUCUAUGAUUAAUUGUAAACCAGCUAGCACACCGACAUAUCUGUCUGCCAAAUUUGAUGGGUCGGGCCCUCCUAUUGCGGAUCCUACUUUAUAUCGCAGUUUAGCUGGUGCUCUGCAGUAUCUCACAUUUACCAAACCCGACAUCACUUAUGCUGUUCAACAAAUUUGUUUAUACAUGCAUGAUCCUCGUGACUCGUGA